UAAUGAGUAAGUGUUAUACGCGUGGGUUAGGUUUUGACAGACCUGUGAACCGUCCUGCGACUGCAAAAUGCUCGCCGAAAGGUUGCUGUUUGUGUACCUCACUUGGCAUAUUUGCUUCGUGUCGAGCACAGCAGCAAGCAAUUCAACUGUUAUUUUGAUUGCAUUAGACGGUUUUCGCUGGGAUUUCAUGUCGAAAGCAUCCACACCAAAUCUUGACUUCAUAGCUGGCGGCGGAGUGAAGGCGAAGUACGUUGAAAACGUUUUCCCGACGGUUGCCAUGCCGAAUUUGUACACAAUUGUAACAGGUCUGUACCCUGAGAGCCACGGGAUUAUUGCGAACGAGAUGUUUGAUCCGGAUUUUAACGCAACGUUUCUCCGCAGUAAUAACGAAACAAGAUGGUGGGAUGGAGCGGAGCCAAUCUGGGUGUCAAAUCAGAAACAAGGUUUUAAAAGCGCCUUGAGUUACUGGCCGGGAUACGAUGUGAACAUUGGAGGCUAUUUGCCCAGUUUCAGCAGCGAUGAUGCGAAAUAUUCCAAACCGUUCGUUUCUAAGGACAAUCUCAUGUCAGAAAAGGAGAGAAUUGACCUUGUUAUGAAAUGGCUAACCAUGAAGGCGCCUCCAAACUUUAUAGCGAUGUAUUUCGCGGAACCUGGCAGAACCGGUCACACAUACGGGCCUGAUUCACCUAAAACAGCGAAUGCCAUUGAGAAAACCGACUCUGCUGUAGUUGGCUAUCUCGUGGAAAAGCUGCGAAAGGCUAACUUACUCGAUAAAGUUAACGUUAUAUUUACUUCCGAUCAUGGUUUGGCAAAACACAACACGAGUGAUUUUGUCAACUUCGAUGACAUUGUAAACGCAAGUAGUUACGAACUUUGGGCGGGAAAUGGAGCGUUUUUAACCCUGGAACCUCACUCAGGGCAAGAAAGAUAUGUGUACGAUAGGUUAAAGGAAGGGGAAAGAAACCUGGACCGUUUCAAAGUGUACAGGAAGGAACAUGUUCCGGAAAAACUGCAUUUCAAAAAGAAUCGAAGAAUUGGCUCUGUUGUGGUAUUGAUGAAGAAAGGUUGGUACGCUCGUAGCUCUAAAAUGUCGACGAACUUGACGGAAGGUAUGAUAAAAGGAGGACAAGGUUACUCUACUGAACACGAGGACAUGUACCCAUUUUUGAUCGCUCGCGGACCGGCGUUCAAAAAGAACUUCAGUUCAGACUCUUUUAAGCUCCUGGAUAUUUACCCCAUGAUCUGUGAAAUUCUCGGAAUUAAACCUGCACCGAAUAAUGGCUCCAUGGCCAGGGUGAAACAGCUCUUUGGGGAACCUUUCGCCACACCCACUACGCCUAGAGAAACCACCGAAAGCUCCACAUCAAAACAAAAAGAUGGGAAUAAUAUUGUGAAAAUUGUCGGGUUUGCGACUGUCGGUUUUGCGGUUGUUGUGUUCCUGGUUGCAUCGAUUUUAUUGACGGUACGCUGGUGCAAGCGAGACAAGGAAUCUAAAAAAACGUGGAUGGAGAGCGAAGAGACACCGGCGAUUCAAGCUGAGGAAACACAAGCCUUGCAAGAAGAUCACGACGAAGGUGUGACAGUGUAAUUAAAACCGCAGAAAAAUUGCCUCGCCUUUUACACUCAAGAAUUAAGAUACAACUGCGACACGUUUCAUGUUUGUGUUCCUGAGUGUUAAAAAAGAUUAACGUGCAAGAGAGCUGAUAUUCUUUAGCGCAAAGAUUAUAAUUUUUGGAUUUAAACGGAGUUCGUUUUUCAGGAUUAUCGGCGCUUUUGGAAUAAAUAUCGACAACUGACAAUAAAUAACAAUCAUGGAAAAUAAUUUUUGCUUUCAAAUGGUGUACCGGUAAUGAAUCAUGCAAAUUUUGCAGUGAUUAAUAAUGAACUUGACAGUACUAUUUUAAAUUUUCUUUAGGUGCCGAUAAUUUAUUUGUGUAAAGAGUGUUUUAACAGGCUGGAUAGAAAAAGCUUGCCAGCAGGGUAGAAUUUGAAAAAGGAUAUGUGUACAUAGAGGGGGCAUUAUGAAAAGAGUGAAAAAAUUAUCAUUUUAAUAGAGCAAGCGAGUCAAAUCGCUGGCUUUGUUUGUAAGUAAUACCAUUCAACUGUCACUUGUACAUUUCGAACUGUCAAUUGUGUAAUUCUUGCAAGCCAGUGAAGAGUUAGUGUUGAUUGCUGAUGUUGUAAUAACUGUCGGAUUACCAUGAAAAUAUUGCAUGUUUUUGAGAAAACAAACAUGUAUGUUUUUGUCAGAACAUCUAUCUCGUAUUGUGAAAGCUAGAAAACAUUUCCGCACCUGUAGUCUGACUUCCUGGGAUGAAAUAAAUCAAUAAUAUUAAAAUGUAACUAUCUAUUUCAUAGAACUUAAUUGUCAAUGUUGGUUGCGUUUAUUAUAGACAUGAAAAAUUGAUAGCAUAUUAAGUUAGUCCAAUUUAAAUACACUUAAUGUACAUAAAAAAUUAAUAAUGUUACCAGCCCGUCUUAGAGUUUGAAAUUCACAUAAAUUUACCAGUGUUUUAAAAUGAACAUUGUCAAUGAGAUAAAUCCACUGUUGAGUUUUCAUUGCUGUAUGUGGUUGUUUUUUUGUUGUUAGGAGUAUAUUUUUUAUUUGUUUCUUUUUCUGCCCGUCAAAGCUUAAAAAUCUCCUUGGAGUUGAAGAAUUUUGAAAUAAAUAUUCAAUAUCGUAUUUUUUUCGUAUUAUCAUAACGAGACA